UUUAGGGGCAAUUUUGACUGAUCUUUUAUAUAGAUGUUGAACGACUUAAUGGGAGUCCAACCCAAGCACAAGAAAUCGAGAGGAUUACUUAAAAAAUUAAAUACAAGAUUGCUUAAGGUGAAGUUGAAGGAUCAGAAAGAGGAUAAGAAAACUAGAAACUCGCCUCUGUUUAAACCUAUGACUUUUAACAGCAAAAACACUAGGUUGCAGACUAUAACUCCUACACCAACUGCUGCUAAAGAUACUCUGCCUUCUUCUGAGUGUAGUGCUCUUCCUCCUUUGCCAAGUUCAGGAGCAAAGAUGCAGAAGUUGACUUCCUUUGUUCACCAUAGGAAGAACUGAUACACUUCCGUUUUAAAAUGGGAUCCUAAAAGAAAAAUGAAUGUUCCGAGCAAGAUUUGGCUAAAGCCAGAGAAUAACUUCAGGAACAUAAUGAAAACACCUGAGAGGAAGAUUGAAAGUGAUGUGAUCAUGAUGACCUUUGGCCGAACGCCAAAGCAGGCUCACAAAAGAAGCCAGUCCGAUGUUUUUGAUUUCACGAGCGUUUGCAAUAGUAAUACCCCUCUAAAUAGCACAUCAGGUCAUACAUUUAGCUCUUAUUAUAAGGUAAGUAACCACAAGCGAACCAGCAGUGACCAACUGAGCAAGGGUAUAGAUGGGAAAGCCAAGAGGUUGGGGAAGAAUGGGAGAGAGAAGGUUACGAGUAGCCUGAAGUUGAACUUGUCAAGGCCAAGUUUGAUCAGUACAAAUACCUCUCCUAAAGUAAAAAGAAUCGAAAAAAUAUGUCAGAUUUUGCUCGAUCUAAAAGAUGUCAAAGGAAAGAAACUUAGUAAAAAGUUUGAUAAUUUUGGAUUUGAUCCUAACCAGUAUAAUGCUACUCCUUCCAAAGAGGACUCUCUCUCAACUAAAAUUAUAAAAUUGCGUAAGAGAAGAGCACGCGAGAAGAAAGAAAGCCUUGCUUCUACUAUAACAAAAGACCCACUAAGAAAGGCUAAACUAAAGUUCAAACAACUUUUCCAAGAAUUCAGAGACCAUUAAUGCUAUUAUAUCCAAACUUCGCCUUCUUUUUUG